UUCGCUUUUAUUGGAAAGUGGGGGUGAGGGGACAGGGCCAUACCUUAACCAGUCGCGAGGAAAAGCCCAACCCACAGCGUCCAGCGAGCCCCUCGGCCAGCUGCGAGUCCCACAGCCGCGUGCGACGUUGACCCGGAGGACGGGCGCAGCGCUUUCCGCAGACGUGAUUGGCCCGCGCCCCCGGCAGGCAGCCAAUGAGCGCGCCCUGCCAGAGCCGCGACCGCAUCCUUGCUUCCUGCACCCCAAGUUUGAGGAAGUUGUAUCCGCUCUGAGGGAGGAGGCCCCGGCGUGGAGGGUUAAGGCCUGUUUAUCACCUGCUGUAACAGUAAAAUCCACGACCACAAAAUGGAGAAGCUCGGCCUAGGCCUAGAUGACGAGACCAACAACCAGCAGGCCGUGGCCACGCAGAGCCCAGGAGACUCGCACCGCCUGAGCAUCCUGCGCUGCAUCGAGUCCCUGAUGCACGCCUGCCAGUGCCGCAAUGCCAACUGCUCCCUGCCAUCCUGCAAGAAAAUGAAACGGGCAGUUCAGCACACCAAGGGCUGCAAGCAGAAAACCAACGGCGGGUGCCACGUCUGCAAACAGCUCGUCGCCCUCUGCUGCUACCAUGCCAAGCACUGCCAGGAGAACAAGUGCCCCGUGUCCUUCUGCUUAAACAUCAAGCAACAGCUCCUGCAGCAGCAGCUGCAGCACCGACGCCAGCAGGCCCAGAUUCUCCGGCGCAGGAUGGCCAGCAUGCAGCGGACUGGGGCGGUGGGGCAGCAGCAGGGACUGCCCUCCCCGACUCCUGCCACCCCAACCACGCCAACGGGUCAGCAGCCAAGCACCCCGCAGACACCCCAGCCCCAGCCCCCCUCGCAGCCUCAGCCCACCCCUCCCAACAGCCAGGUGACCUCCCCAACUGGCCCUGAGACUGCGCAGCCACCCCUUCCCGGGCCCCCAGCAGCAGGGGUGGAAGUGGCCGUGCAGCCCGGUGGGCAUUUGGAGGCCAGGAUGGGGCCCACGGGCAUGCAGCAGCAGCCGCCAUGGGCCCAAGGAGGAUCGCCUCAGACCCCAUCCGUCCAGUCUGGGAUGCCAAGGCCGGCCAUGAUGGCCCAGCAUGGCCAGCCUUUGAGCAUGGCUCCCCAGCCGGGACUGGGCCAGGCGGGCGUGAGCCCUCUCAGGCCGGUCACUGUGUCUCAGCAGGCCCUGAGGGAGCUCCUGCGGGUCCUGAGGUCUCCCAGCUCUCCCCUGCAGCAGCAGCAGCAGGUGCUCAGUAUGCUUCACGCCAACCCCCAGCUGUUGGCUGCAUUCAUCAAGCAGCGGGCUGCCAAGUAUGUCAACUCUAAUGCACAGCCUCUCCCUGGGCAGCCGGGCAUGCCCCAGGGCCAGCCUGGGCUGCAGGCACCUGCCACGCCAGGUCAGCAGGGUGUCCACUCCAAUCCCGCCAUGCAGAACAUGAACCCCAUGCAGGCAGGCGUCCUGCCCCCUGGGCCAGCAGCCACAGUAGAAGAUACAGCCGCGCUGGGUAAGCUGAGGCACCUGGCACAGCAGAUGAACAUGAACCACAGUAGUUCCUAGACAUCUGAAACACCAGCAGAUGGUACAGCAGGAGGACUGGGGCCAGGCCUUGACCCUGGGAUGGACAUCCAUUCCUGUUUCAGUCGCGCCCCCUCCAGUCUUUCACCGAGGAUGCAUCCUGAACCUUCUCACCACGUGUCCCCUCAGAUCAGUUCACCACAUCCCGGACUGGUAGCUGCCCAGGCCAACCCCAUGGAGCAAGGGCAUUUUGCCAGCCCGGACCAGAAUUCGAUGCUUUCCCAGCUUGCUAACAAUCCACGCAUGGCAAACCUCCAUGGUGCGAGUGCCACGGGCCUGGGACUCGGCACCGAGAACUCGGAUUUGAAUCCAAUCCUCUCACAGAGUACACUAGACAUACACUAGAGACACCUUGUAGUAUUUUGGGAGCAAAGAAAUAUAUAUAUUUUCUCUUAACAAAACUUUUUGUACUGAAAACUAUUUUUUGAAUCUUUUUAGUCUCAAUGACAGUUUUCCUUGCAACACAUAAGAACUGCAGUAGCCUGUUUGUGGUUAAAGCAAACAUGCAAGAUGAACCUGAGGCAUGAUAGGAUACAAAGAAUUUACUUUUGUUAUGGCUGGUUCCUGCCAACCUUUUUUUUUUCCUUGUGUGUGUGGUUCAAGCGUGCACUGGGAGGAGGCUGAGGUCUGUGACGCCAACCACAUGUUCCUGCCUUUCACCUCCAAAAGGUUUUUUUUUUAGUUAAUUAAAAUAUGUAAUAUUCAUAGUUACAUAUUUACUGGUGCGGAUGGUUGGCAUUUUUUCCCUUUUUUUUUUUUUUUUUUUGCUUUUUGGGUCACACCCAGCGAUGCUCAGGGGUUCCUCCUGGCUUUGCACUCAGGAAUUACUCCUGGCAGUGCUUGGGGGACCAUAUGGGAUGCCGGGGAUUGAACCCAGGUCGGCCACGUGCAAGGCAAACGCCCUACCCGUUGUGCUAUCGCUCCAGCCCCUUUUUUCCCUAUUUUCAUCACUUUAUUAAAAAUUUAAGAAAAAUUGUUUUAAAAAUAUUUCUAAAACCAGAGAACAAAAGGGGUUAAUUUACUUUAUUUGGGUUUUUUUGGUUUGUUUUUUUUAACUUUUUGAGUCAUACCUAGCAAUGCCCGUGAGUUACUCCUGGCUCUGCGCUAGGGAAUUACUCCUGGUGGUGCAUGGGGGACCAUAUGGGAUGCUGGGGAUUGAACCCAGGUCAGCAGAGUGCAAGGCAAACACCCUACCCACUGUACUAUUGCCUUGGCCCAAAAAAAGGGUUAAUUUACUUUAAAAUUACAUUCUUUAAUACAAAUAUAUAUUAAAAUACCAGUUUUUAUCUCUGGGUACAAAGAUGUUUAUUCUUUUAAACUUAAAUAAUAAAAAGAAAAAUAAAUCCCCUUUCCUCCCCUCAUGUCAACUUUCAUGCUCCAGUAAAUUUUUUUUUUUUUUUGCUUUUUGGGUCACACCCAGCGAUGCUCAGAGGUUCCUCCUGGCUUUGCACUCAGGAAUUACUCCUGGCAGUGCUUGGGGGACCAUAUGGGAUGCCAGGGAUCGAACCCGGGUCAGCCGCGUGCAAGGCAAACGCCCUACCCGCUGUGCUAUCGCUCCGGCCCCAUCCAGUAAAUUUUCUAUUCCAUAAGUCUAUCUCAGCAUAAGACCUCCAAGUAUUAAAAUCAUUUGUACAUGUACAGUGAAACAACUCCUAUGGACUUCUGUUUUGGGUGGCAGGGGCAGGGGCUAUGCUCAGGGGUUACUCCUGGCUCCGCACUCAAGAAUCACUCCUGGUGGUGCUCAUGGGCUGCCAGGGGUCAAACCGUGUGCAAGGCAAGCGCACUGCCCAUAUACUAUCACUCGGGCCCCUCCCUUCUGGGAUUUUAAGACAUUUUUUUUAAUUUAGAGAAAAAAGUAGGUGUGGAUUCAACAAUAAGAAAUUGAGAGAAGAAAAGUAGGAACCAUGCAUGAACUUCACAGGGAAUUUUCCUUCCCUCUUCUCUAGAACUCAGUGUAAAUACAAAUAUAUGUUGGUUUGUAAUUAUCUAUUUUCCUGGUAUACCUGACUUUAUUUUGUUUUUGAGGGCUACACUCAGACAGUUGGCAUAGCCUGGCAAGCUACUACCGGUGGUGUAUUUGAUAUGCCAAAAACAGUAACAAGUCUCACAAUGAAGAUGCUACUGGUGCCCGCUAGAGCAAAUUGAUGAACAAUGGGACGACAGUUCUACAGUGUGACAGAGGAAACAAGACUUUUUCUAAAUAUAUGAGGCAGCUGCCAAAUUGAUUUAUUGUGGUUCUGUUUCUAGAAUUUUUUCAUUAUUUUUUUUCUAAAAGGAAAAAAGUAAAAAAGAGGGUAAGAAGCAAUUCCAGUGAAACAAGUUUAAAUGUUUUUUUUUUUUUUUGGUUACACCUGGCUCUGCACUGAGGAAUUACCCCUGGCGGUGCUCAGGAGACCAUAUGGGGUGCUGGGAAUCGAACCCGGGUCGGUCCCAUGCAAGGUAAACGCCCUACCCGCUGUGCUAUCGCUCCAGCCCCCCCAGUGAAACAAUUUUAACAUGGAAAAUGUUCUUAAGGUUCUUCUUGCAUGCUGCUUCUACCUUACAAUGCCCCAUCCGACACAGACACACUUACUGUAAGAUGUAAAAAUAGAAAGCAAAAACCCCUCAACUGUUGUAAAUCAUGCAAUUAAAGUUGAUUACUUAUAAAUAUG